GCAGCUCAUUUUCGCAUGUCAGGUCACGCCACUGUGUCGAAUGUCUGAAGCCGUUGCUGGCUUCUUACCGCCUGGCUUUAGCUUUAAUAUUAAAACCUAACGAUAGUUAAUACAUGUGCGAAAACGACCUGCCUUGCAAUCGAUUAAACAGAUAACAUGGUCUGAAGAACUGUGGAAGAUAUCGGCAAUUGAAAGGUUUUAUACAAGUAGGGACUGAGAGUUCUUGCUGAAGACAACAGAGCUAUGAUGCGCCUCUGAGGACAUCUUGAUCACAUGGGCUCCUAUCCUGUGCUGACCCAAUGGUUUAAUCACCAGGACUAAAAAUGAGCAUAAGCAGUGAUGAGGUCAAUUUCCUGGUUUACAGAUACCUGCAAGAGUCAGGCUUCUCCCACUCAGCGUUCACCUUUGGCAUAGAGAGCCACAUCAGCCAGUCCAAUAUCAAUGGAGCCCUGGUGCCCCCUGCUGCCCUCAUCUCCAUCAUCCAGAAGGGCCUGCAGUACGUGGAGGCUGAAGUCAGCAUCAAUGAGGAUGGGACCUUAUUUGAUGGGCGGCCCAUCGAGUCGCUGUCCCUGAUCGAUGCCGUAAUGCCAGAUGUUGUCCAGACCAGGCAGCAGGCCUACAGGGACAAGCUGGCCCAGCAGCAGCAGCAGCAGCAGCAGGCGGCUGGCAGUGGGAGCGGCACAGGACCCCAGGGAAGCACGAAGAACGGAGAGGGAGCUGCCAACGGGGAGGAAAACGGAUCCCAUGCCUUAGCCAAUCACCACUCAGAGAUGAUGGAGGUGGAUAGAGAUGUGGAGAUCCCCCAGAGUAAAGCCAUGGUCCUGAGGGGCCAUGAAUCGGAAGUUUUUAUCUGUGCCUGGAACCCAGUGAACGACCUCCUCGCUUCUGGGUCCGGGGACUCGACAGCACGGAUCUGGAACCUGAGUGAGAACAGCACAGGCGGAUCCACCCAGCUAGUUCUGAGGCACUGCAUACGGGAAGGGGGCCAGGACGUACCCAGCAACAAAGACGUCACCUCACUAGACUGGAAUAGUGAGGGAACAUUGCUAGCAACAGGCUCAUAUGAUGGCUUUGCUAGAAUAUGGACAAAAGAUGGUAACCUGGCCAGCACUUUGGGACAACAUAAAGGUCCUAUAUUUGCACUCAAGUGGAAUAAGAAAGGAAACUUCAUCCUCAGUGCUGGUGUAGACAAGACCACAAUUAUAUGGGACGCACACACAGGGGAAGCAAAGCAACAAUUUCCUUUCCACUCGGCACCUGCUCUGGAUGUAGACUGGCAGAGCAACAACACGUUUGCCUCCUGCAGCACAGACAUGUGCAUCCAUGUGUGUAAGCUGGGUCAGGACAGACCUGUCAAGACCUUCCAGGGACACACGAAUGAGGUCAACGCCAUCAAGUGGGAUCCCACUGGCAGCUUAUUGGCCUCCUGUUCUGAUGACAUGACGCUCAAGAUCUGGAGCAUGAAACAGGAUUCGUGUGUCCACGACCUCCAGGCCCACAGUAAAGAGAUCUACACCAUCAAGUGGAGCCCCACAGGCCCCGGGACCAACAACCCCAGCGCCAACCUCAUGUUGGCCAGUGCAUCAUUUGACUCAACAGUGCGUCUGUGGGACGUAGAGCGUGGAGUGUGUAUCCACACACUGACCCGCCAUCAGGAGCCUGUCUACAGCGUGGCCUUCAGCCCCGACGGCAGGCACCUCGCCAGCGGCUCCUUCGACAAGUGUGUCCACAUCUGGAACACUCAGACGGGUGCUUUAGUCCACAGCUACCGGGGGACUGGAGGGAUAUUUGAGGUGUGCUGGAACGCCACAGGGGACAAAGUAGGAGCCAGCGCAUCAGAUGGAUCGGUUUGUGUAUUAGACCUGAGGAAAUGACGCUCAUCUGGGAGAGCCAUGGACCGACUACGAAUGUGUACAUAGCCAAAAUGACUGACUGUCCCUGCCUGUCCACCACACUGCUGUAGUCCCAUCAGAUGCCAUGGCCCGUAAUUACAGCCAAACGAAGCGCCCUCCCACCUUCUUACGAACACACAAGGACCACACCUUCACCACACACAGUUCUUAUGCACAUGUGCCUGUCAGGUCUACACAGACACUGCAGACCUGCAGGAAGAAAUAUGUUAUCUCUCAGUAUAACUUUGUCGGACCCAUCACACGCAAACCAAAACACCAGGAUUCUUCUUGCUUUCCUCUUUUUAUCCUUUGUACCAGAUUUAUAAAGAUUUUUGUUCUCUGUUGGUGUGUGCAUAUUGCAUAUGUCAGCAUUUGGUGUCCUGUGGACAUUGUCGUUUUGAAUUUGGAUUUUACUGAUCUCUGUAGGUUUUAUAUUACAUGUGGGUUGGGAGAGAAGGGAGGCGGGGGGUGGGGGGGUCGAGAGUUGUUUGUCUUUUACAGUGGGUGUUCAAAGCCGCUCAUUGGGAGAUCCAUUCAUCUUUUCCUUGGCACUCUUCAAGGUUCAAAAAUGCAGAUGUAUAGCUCAGAAGAUGAAAUGGUUUAUAAUUUUGUCAAUUCUAUUUUUAACCAAUAGGUUUGUUCCAUUUUUGCCAUUUUUUAACCAAGUUUAAAGCGGUUAAUCAAAGGGGGAACUGUCAUUUGUUUUUGCAACUUUUAUCCUCAGAAAUGGUUUUCAGGUGUUCACAAUUCAUCAGGUUAAUAUAGAGCUCUAAAGAAUUCAAAACUUCUAGGCCAAGAGAUAAUCUGUGUAGCUGUUGAAACACCAUGUCGAUCUCAUGUCAUAACUGCACGCCGGACAGAAAGACACCAGUUAAUGUGCAGGUUCCCGUCAUUCAAACUGGGCUUGCCCCGGACCUGCAUCAUAAGUUUACAAAUAGAUGGCCGUGCUUUUUGUGUUAGUAGUGAGGUAACAUGGCAGUAAUAGCUUGCUUUCUGGCAUCAGUGCAGCUUCUUGGAUCUGUGGGGAAAAAGAGAGAGAGAGAGAGAGCGAUACGGGAAAACAAGCCCAUAAACGCUGAAUCCAAACAAUAAUAGUCAUAAUUGUGCUUGUUUCCUUGGUUAAUAGCUUGUUGCUAUCCAAUGCUGAAUGAUAAUCAGACUAAGUCGGUCUAAUUGUGUCCUGUUUCCCCUGCUUGGUCAUUAAACAUCAGAACAUCAUCUGGAAUAUCACUUCCUCUGCAGGCACAGGAUCAUUGAUCGCACCUUCGCAAACACGACUCAACAUUCGCUUACAUCACGACUGAAACAGAGAAUUCGCGUCUCUGGAUUUCAUAUCAGUUUGUCACGCUUAGCAGUCCCUCAAAAUCUCGAGUUGACUCAAAACUUUCAUUCUGUAAUGUGUGCAGCUUUCAUAUCCAGUGUUGACCUGAGUACACACUACAGUCCUUGCUUUGGUUUGCUGUCAUCAGGCAGUUGUUCCCCAGCAUUAACACACACAUACAUACACACACACACACACUCUCUCUGGAGACGGGCUGUGUUCAGGCCUAUGCACGGAUAGACGGCACUUGUGUUUGUAGUGUUCAGAGUUGCCGUUUUGAGGCAAGUCUGUGCUUGUUGUUAAAAAGCUGACUCAGCAUAUGACUUGAUGUAACAUGGUAUCUGCAUAUAAUAUAUAUAUACAUAUAUAUAUAUAUAUAUAUAUAUAAAUAUAUAUCUGUGCUAUCACAGGGGAUUCUUUUGUAUCCCACUCGUGUGCUAAGGGUGGAUUUUAAAGUAACUUUUUGAAGACACUUGAAAUACAGUGUGUGAUGUUGCUGUGCAUCACCAGGGGUCGUGACCAUAAGGAAUGGUUUUUUAUAAAAUACCAUUAAACAGUCAUAGCAAAAAAAAAAGAGCAGCCCUUUGAAGGUUUUUUUUCCUCUGCACUUUAGGCUAAAAAUGGUGAAACAGGGAGGUGUGUUUAUCCAAGCCAUCGUAAACACAUCUUACGUUAAAAAUGCUCUUAAAGAUGAAUCAGAAUCGAUGCAGAACGUGUGCAGUGUUCCAGCGGGGAAAACAAGGGUGAACAGUGUCUUGUCUGACUCCUCUGAACCGAGCCAACUUCAUGGCAUUCCAGGUCUCGUCUCGUAGCCAUAACUGACACCUAAUGGCUCAGUAGACACACAUACUCAAACCCACACAUCGUCAGACAUUUCAGAGGUUUUGUUCAGAAUGUUACUUGUGUAAAAAAAAAAAAAAAAGAAAAAACUUUUGUACUGAAGCUAAAGACUAUUUUGAAGUUUGCUUUAAUACAGUCAGCAGUGAUCGGACUGUACCACAAAGACACUAUUUCAGAUGAUGUCUAUGACAGUGGAAUGGUAUUUUAUAAUGGUUUGUUUUUAGAUGAUAAGCUUUUUACACUGCAUUCAAGUGUGUUUGCUAUUUUUUGUUCCUACCGAAAGUACUAAUGUUAAUUCUAUCUUUGCUAUGUCGGAGAGCCCUUGAAGGUUUUGUACUUCUCAAAACUUUUGUAAUUCUGAUUUAUUUGUAGCUAUGUACUCAAAAUGAACAAAACAUAUAAAAUUUGGAUUUAAUUGUUGAUGUAUUAUAACACAAAACAUGUAAAUACCAAUUUGCAGACUUUUUUUUCUUUUGUGUUGUCUUUGCCCUCACCUACAUUGUACUCUCUUUCUCUCUCACUCACAUGGUUGCAGUCUGCAGCCUCCUGAUCUGGCUGUUGUAAUAUCACUCAGAUCUCAAGGUCUAGAAUAAAAUCUAUUUUGAUAAUA